CGCGCCACGGGCCUUGUAGCCAUUUUAGGAGGAAACCCGGAUCGCUAGCCCCGGGCGCGGCUUCAAUUUCAAUAACUUUAUUGGUGGCCUUACCCGCAGAACAGCCAUCGCACUAGUGGCUAGGGGAGGAGGGAGAGCAUCGCGGGAGGUGGCCCCCGACUGGAGCUGCGGCCAUGGGAAACACCACCAGCGACCGGGUGGCUGGCGAGCGCCACGGCGCCAAGUCUUCACGCGCCGAAGGCGCCGGCGGCCAUGCGCCGGGCAAGGAACAUAAGAUCAUGGUGGGGAGUACGGACGACCCUAGCGUCUUCAGUUUGCCAGACUCCAAGCUCCCUGGGGACAAAGAGUUUGUAUCAUGGCAGCAGGAUUUGGAGGACUCCGUAAAGCCCACACAGCAGGCCCGGCCCACUGUUAUCCGCUGGUCUGAAGGAGGCAAGGAGGUCUUCAUCUCUGGGUCCUUCAACAAUUGGAGCACCAAGAUUCCACUGAUUAAGAGCCAUAAUGACUUUGUUGCCAUCUUAGACCUCCCUGAGGGAGAGCACCAGUACAAGUUCUUUGUGGAUGGACAGUGGGUUCAUGAUCCGUCAGAGCCUGUGGUUACCAGUCAGCUUGGCACGAUUAACAAUUUGAUCCAUGUCAAGAAAUCUGACUUUGAGGUGUUUGAUGCUUUAAAGCUAGAUUCAAUGGAAAGCUCGGAGACAUCUUGUCGAGACCUUUCCAGCUCUCCCCCUGGGCCUUAUGGUCAAGAAAUGUAUGUGUUUCGAUCUGAGGAGAGAUUCAAAUCCCCACCCAUCCUACCUCCUCACCUUCUUCAAGUUAUUCUUAACAAGGACACUAAUAUUUCUUGUGACCCAGCCUUGCUUCCUGAGCCCAAUCAUGUUAUGCUGAACCAUCUCUAUGCAUUAUCCAUUAAGAUAAAGAAACUAAGGCUCAGAGAAGGUCAUAAUGCCAGACAGUGUGAUGGUCCUUAGCGCAACCCAUCGCUACAAGAAGAAGUAUGUCACUACUCUGCUGUAUAAGCCCAUCUGAAGGCAUCCCUUCCUGCCUCCCAGGAUUUAAGAGAAGCAUCUCCCUUGCCUUUCUGGACUGGACCAGUCUUAACCUAAGACUGGAAGGCUAAUUUGCUUUGAGGCUGAUAUGUGUGUUUCAGAGUCUUUGAGUAGGAUGCUCUGCUUUUGCAUUUGAUUGCAGAUGGGAGCUUUAUGAGUUCAUGGAAUUUACUUUAAGAAAAAAAAUUGUAUAUAUGUGUGUGUGUGUGUGUGUGCAUACACACACACACACACACACAUACACAUACACAUAUACACAUAUGAGAGAAAGGUUAAUGGAAGCCUCCUAGCUAGAUGUGUUCUUUGCUUGUGGGGCCUCACCAAGACCAGUUUGAGGGAGCUGCAGGAAGAACCAUUACAGGAAGCUUUUUUCCUAAAAUGGAUGAAGAGCCAACUCUCAGGAUCCUUAUUGGGUAGAGAUUCUACCACUGCUACAUUGGCUCUCCAAGGGAUGGGCUUGUGCCAGACUUCUGCCCUACUUACAGUCGCCUCCCUGCAGGGGCAGCUUUUCUUGCAUGGGUUCUCUGUAUUCCUAGAGUAUGUGGCACAGUCUGUGCUUUUUAUGAUACCAGAUGCCCCACAAGAACCCUUUCUCUUCUCAUUUCACAUUCUUGCUUUGAUAACCUCCUUCAGUUCCUAUACCUGACCCAUCCCUAACACAAAACUCACUGGCAAGUGACCCUUUCAAAGGCUAUGUGGGACCUGACCCACUAACAAAGACUGGCACUGCCAGAAAGUCUCCUUUUCAGCCCAGCACAGGCCCAGGCCACUUUGUUACCACUAGUUUUCACUUCUACUAAAGAAAAUAGGUCUCAGCAUUAUAAGAAGGGCAGAGUGCAGAAGGUCUACUUUCUCGUUUGUGUUUAGUGCCACAGCUUAGGCUGUCUUGGCAUAUUCCCAUAGGUUUUCCCAGCUGGCCUGGCCCUGCUUCCGUAUUUUCUUUUGCAGAGCAGACAGCUUUGAAGGUAGGAGUGGAACCAGGGAAAACUUUAAUGUCCUUCUUCUUCGGGAGACUUUUAUGUACCUACAUUAUUCUUUAAUUAAAAAAUGCUUUUUCAUUGUUCUUAAGAGACUGAAUAGGAAAAUUUUAAGCUCUUGAUAAAUGGUUCCCAAGAUUUUCUUCAACAAGUAUUCUAGCCCUCUAUGGUCUUAUAUUAAUGUGGCCAACCCUGUGCACAUCACUACACUAAAUACUGUUCUAGAAACAAAUUCAGGUUCAUUGGGUGCACCUAAAAAGUUCCUUCAACUUAAAGACUCAGUAGGCCAAGAAGCAAGAAAAUAUCCCUGGGGUUCCUAACCAUGAAUAGUAUUGCUUCCCUGCACCAAGUACAAACAGGACCGUUUUGUUUCUCUCUUUUUUAAAAGUGUUCAGUGAAGAAGUGGGGUCAAUGAUUCUCAUUUGUGGGAAUGAAAAGGAGCUAUCCAGUCCACUCGUGGGGUUCAGAGAUAAAACAUAUUUUUCCAAGUAUCUGUGGCUCUUCCAUUAAGGAUAAAUGCAAGUCAAAACAUUCAACACUGAAGGAGGCCAAACUUGAUGCUUGAGAGACGCCUUGACUGUCAGGAUGUGCCCAGCCACACUGAAAGGGCACCCAUAGGUCAGUUUAGCUACCUCCUGUCUUUCCUGUUCAAAGCUGAUGACACAGUUGUCUUUGGGUAUGUAGACCUCAGAUCCUGGGAGUGAGGCAGUAGGGCAUUGGGGUGGUUUUGCUGGGAAUGCAAAUUGCUAAGUGCUUUGGUGGUUACUUGCUGAGAGUAAAUACUGCUUUAGCUACUCAAGGCCCCCUUCUGCAGCAAAAAGCUUUUGUGGGAAACCUUUUAUGGUCCCAACCACUUUCUGAGUGGUGUGUCACUUAAAAAAUCCAGGCCAAAUCCUAUUAUAACCAACUCUCAGGCUCUACAUUGUCUUCAGUUAUACUAUUGUUUUUUCCGGUACCCAUUAAAUAAGUGGGCCACAUAGGAGGAUUCAAAUUCUUGUUUGUUAUUGGAGGAUUUUGUUACACUACUAUUUCUUAUCAACAGUAUUGAAGUGUAAUUACCUAUAUGUUCGUGUAUUAAAAAUUUUACACAGAUGUAUCAGUAGAGUGGGGCAAGAAAAGAGAUUCCUUCAGUUUCUCAGGCCAGUGGCCUCUGUGGACUAGCUUUGGCUCCAGUGACACUAAGUUUGGUGCUGGUGGCCUUCAGAUCUUCCUAAUCUGGGUAUGUGCAGAAAGUGUCCGUUUCCUACGUUCUUAGGUAAUCCCAGCCAAAUGUGAACUGAGAGCGGACCGGCUGGUAUGGAAAAGGACAGGCACGGGGAACUGGGUGAUAGCUCCUUCAGCACCGUUCCUUCCCUGCACUGCUAAUACACCCCAUGGCCCUGAGAAGCCUAUCACACACAGGCUAUCCCCAAGAAGCUGUUCUAGAAGGGAGAGAGGGAAAGAGGAAGGUAGCCCAGCGUACAGCCCACUCAUUCUUUUAUGCUGGUUAAAGGGAUAGUUAUUUUCUGUAGAAGAGCUUGGCAGAUUUUGAAAAUGAAUAAAGGCAGAAAAAAAAACCCACUUUUAGCUUUUAAAAAAACAUGGCUGUUUUUGUUGUUUUUUGGGGGCUUUUGUUUUUUUUCGCUUCUAGGAGUUUCACAGAGUCAAAGUUAGAAAAGUUAGAAAGUCACUCUUUAGGAGUGCUAACCCUUCAAGAACUGCAUCAUGGUUUGGGGGUUGUGGGGAAAGGGAAGAGUGGCUGAGCUGAGGAGGAUACAAAUUAAAGGCUUAAGUAACUCAGAACUAAAAAUAGCCUUUUUGUUGUGGUUGUUAAUUAAAUGAGACAUAAUAUACUGGUAUCCUUUGGAUCUCAACGUACAGAACCUACUCUAUAAAACAUCCCUUUGUCUCUUGUUCCUUUUCUCUAUCCUUUCUUUUAUAUUCUACUUUACCUUCAUUUGUCAAGCUGACAUUACCAGAGCCUCGGGUCAAAUAUUACCUAAAACAAAUAUUAGUCAUCUUGCUGGUCUGGUCAUGGUGAUUAGCUUGCAUUAAGCUUUCGGUCACUGUAGGUAAAACCCCCUAUGAGCAUACCUGGCUUCAAGUGUGUUGGCUUUUUUUUUUUUUAAACAAUGCUAAUAUGGUAGAGAAACCCUGUAAAAGAAGAGUCCAAGAGAAGAUUCUGAGAGGAUCAUACAAACCCAGGCCUCCAAUUAUUUCUUGUCUCUUAUUGACCUAAUGGAUCUGAGAUAAAACCUUUUUUGCAAAGUGUCAGUAAUCGUGUAUGCUGCUAAAAUGAAGUUAAGUUUGGAAAGAAGUGUUACCUCCAGAGUGUGCUUAUAUUAAUCUGGGUAUAAAUGAAGGAGACAUACUAAUGAUAGAAUUCCCCUGCUUCUAAUUGGGGAAAUAGGGCUUUUAAAAUUUUGACCUCAACUAAAAAUGAUAUGCAAUAGUCUAUGUUAUAUGUGUUUGAAAAAUAUUCUAUUCUCAGAGAUUUCUGAGUCCUCAUGUUCUAGUGAUUUGGGGCAUAGGCUUACAAGCAGAUAUACAGUUUGUUCACAUGUUAUUCUGACUCAUCAAUAAAACCAAGUUCCUGCUGUCUUUUACCAGGGACUGCUAGCUCCAGUUACCCAUGGAAUAGAGCACCUGGGAGGGCUAGGGGUCAGGAAGACUCUGGAUCCUAGGCAUUUGUCUUUCCUUAAGCGCCCAUCACAGUGGAAGGUUGAAGGGCUAUUAUUUCUGCAGUGAACCCAAACUUCUGGAGUAAAAAGGCCAACUCUUUUUUAAACUAUAAGAAGAAAGAAAGAAAGAGAAGUCUCAAGAGUCUGUUACUUAUGAAAUCCAAUUCUUAGCAAUGGAAUCCCUCUAGAAUUCAUAUGUGGACUUUGUCUUGAUUUGCUUUUCUCUAUUGUGCUUUGAAGUGAUUAAGUUUCAUUAACAAUUAAAUUUUUUAUUAGUUCCAACAUUAGUUGAACUAAUUGCAUUGUAGCACAGUGCUUUCGCAGUAAGAUUGCUGUGAAAUGCCACUCUGUGGAUUUUGUAGUCAAGUUAAAUGGUCAAGGGAUACCUACCUACCAUAAGUAUUAUAUUAUGUAUUUGAUCAUCUUUUCUGUUCCCAUCCACAGAACGCUUACCUUACCUAGGCUGUGGUUUUAGAACAGCCAAAGCUCACUGAUGUCCAUUAGUCUUAAUCUCCACACUGGGCCCCAUAUGUGAGACUUGUUUGAAUUUUGAUAAAUUGAAGGAUGCUUGUUGUUAUUUCACUGAAGCAUUUUGAAUGAAUGCAGCUCUGUCAUAGAGGGGGAAUAAGACUAUAAUUUGGAAGAGAAUUAAAUAUGUGAGUCCUCCUUUAAAGGGUGCUUUUUGUAACCUUUAGUGCUGAGGUACGGGGCUGCUUUUUGGUAUUCCACAAGGGAUUGGCAUGCAAGAAUAGAUUUUAAAGUUUUUCCCCAAAUGUAAUUUGUCACUGGCCUUUGACAUGUCUGAAAAUUGUGAUGUUACAUAUACAGAAAUGUGAGGUUUUUCCCAUAAAACUGUUGAAUAAAAGUAUUAUACAGCAA